CACACACUCUGGUGGUGUGUGGUGAGGAGUCCCGUAUACCGGUAUACUGUCCCCGUGACUUUAAUAUGUUAUUAUUGUAUGACUGAAAAAAAAAAAAAAAAAAAAAAAAAAAAUGAAUGCGGUUCCUGGGACUGCCUCGCUUCUUGAGGAACUUGACAAAAAACUUAUGGUUCUGCUGAGAGAUGGAAGAACUUUGAUUGGCUAUCUUAGAAGUGUUGACCAGUUUGCAAAUCUAGUUCUCCAUCGAACCAUCGAGAGGAUCCACGUUGGUAAGGAAUAUGGUGAUAUUCCUCGAGGAGUCUUUAUUGUCAGGGGAGAAAAUGUAGUUCUCUUGGGAGAAAUAGAUAAGGAAAAGGAAAAGAAUUUGCCUCUGUCUGAAGUUUCAGUUGACGAUAUUCUUGAUGCUCAAAGAAGAGAACAAGAACUGAAGCAAGACAAGGAUAGGCUAAUGAACAAAGCUCUGAAAGAUCGUGGUUUACAGUAUAUUCCUGACUUGGGUCAUGAUGACAUGUUCUGACCAAUGCCUAUGUGAUAACUAUUGUUUUAUAUCUUCCAAAAUUUUACACCAGGUCAUAUUUUUUAUGAAAACUUGAAUCUUGAUUAUUAUGGGUCGUAAACUUGUAUAAACGAUUCUAUCAACUUAGUUAAGCCGAUUAUCUACUGUUGUAAGUAAGCCUACUUCAGACUUGAAUUUCUACUUUCAAACUGUUUUUUCUCAUAAAUAUUCUUAUUCAAAGAUUUUGAGUACAGUCAUUAUCAGUAAGAUAGUGCAAGUUAAAUGUAUAAAGCUAGAAAUUAUUUCCAUUUAGAAAUGUGC